GAGCUUUGAAUAGGGAAGUUUUGCAGGGGUUACGCUUGCAGUCAGUCCGCUGUUUGCAAAUAUUGCGUGGGCUCGGCGCGCUGCGGGCUGCGGGAGGGUCCGGACCCGGCGUCCGAUUGCAGCGCCAUCCAGUUUGCAUGAAACUUUCACCUGCGCUCCCGGGGACAGUUUCUGCUCCGACUCCUGAUCGCUCUCCUCCCUGUUUUCCCGACAGCGAGGACUGUCUUUUCCAACCCGACAUGGAUGUGCUCCCAAUGUGUAGCAUCUUCCAGGAACUACAGAUUGUUCACGAAACGGGCUACUUCUCGGCUCUGCCGUCCCUGGAGGAAUAUUGGCAACAGACCUGCCUGGAGUUGGAACGCUAUCUUCAGAGUGAGCCCUGCUACGUGUCAGCCUCUGAGAUAAAAUUUGACAGCCAGGAAGAUCUGUGGACCAAAAUCAUUCUAGCUCGAGAGAAGAAGGAGGAAUCAGAACUGAAGAUUUCUUCUAGUCCCCCAGAAGACUCUCUGAUCAGCCCCAGCUUUAAUUAUAACUUAGAGACCAACAGCCUAAACUCUGAUGUCAGCAGCGAGUCUUCAGACAGUUCUGAGGAACUUUCACCCACGACCAAAUUUACCUCUGAUCCCAUUGGUGAAGUCUUAGUCAGUUCAGGAAAUCUGAGCUCCUCCGUCAUUUCCACACCUCCUUCUUCUCCAGAAGUGAACAGGGAAUCUUCUCAACUAUGGGGCUGUGGGCCAGGAGACCUACCCUCACCAGGGAAGGUUCGAAGUGGAACUUCUGGGAAGUCUGGUGACAAGGGUAGUGGCGAUGCCUCCCCAGAUGGCAGGAGGAGGGUACAUCGAUGCCACUUCAACGGCUGCAGGAAAGUUUACACUAAAAGCUCCCACUUGAAAGCACAUCAACGUACUCACACAGGAGAAAAGCCUUACAGAUGCUCAUGGGAAGGUUGUGAGUGGCGUUUUGCAAGAAGUGAUGAAUUAACCAGACACUUCCGGAAGCAUACCGGUGCCAAGCCUUUUAAAUGCUCUCACUGUGACAGGUGUUUCUCCAGGUCUGACCACCUGGCCCUGCACAUGAAGAGGCACCUUUGAAGGAGCAGAGGGCUGAAUCCUGUAGGCUAAAAGAGGCUUCCAGGCUGAGAGGCGGCCAUGGAAGGAGGGAUGCCUGUACCAGCCAAAGCAUGCCAUUUUGCUUCCUACCCAGUUACCUCCAGGGGCCUCUCUUUGGAAGGUCUUUUGAGGGCUACAAAAGUCAUGUCAGAAGCGGCAUAGCACCCACGGUGCAUGGUGUUUGGGUGACCCUGGACUCGCCUCGCCACUGGUUCCUAACCUUCUGAGAGGCUCCCAGAGCCUUUUGCCGUGAGCAUGCGCACUGAGAAUGUUAAUGGGUGGGAUGACUGUAUGUUGAGGAUCUAUUACCGACUGUAUGGUGAGGCAGACUUUUUUUUUUCCCCCUUGUGGUAGCAAAUAACUGCAAGAGACAGAAAAAAAAAGCAGUUUGAAUGUUUUGUGUGUGAGGAGUAUUCCAAGGGAUGAGUUGACAACCAAUCAUUUCCUGAAGGGUGUCUGCACCUUAGAAAAAAUAAAAAAUAAAAACAAACAAAAAAAUUUAUAAAAAAAAAAAAAAAAAAAAA